CCGCCUCCAUUUUAGCACCGACACCCGGCGGAGCGGCAGCGGUUCGCAGCACUCAGCGGCCGGCGGAAGGACGCUCCUGUGGCGGGACUCUGGCUCAGACCGCGGCGGUGGUUUCCUUCAGCCUCAAUCAGCCUUUUCUGCGGGAUGGCAGCGCUGCGGCGGGACGCGGUCGAGGCGGCGGAGGAUUUGUGAGGAUUUAGCGGCUCGUCCUGCGCGGUGAGACUCGUCGUCGAGCGGAGGAGAGGAGGCGGCGGCUCGGCUUCGGAUGGUCAGGUUCUCAGCGAGGAUGCAGCAGUGAGCAUGCUCAGAGUGCUGAUCGUUACCAUGGCGAUAUUCGGCGGUGGCCAGGCGUGCAGUGGUCAGGAGAACUGCUCGGCCAACAGCGAGUCCAAAGACUACUGCUACUCGGCUCGGAUCCGCAGCACCGUGCUGCAGGGGCUGCCCUUCGGCGGCGUCCCCACUGUCCUCGCCCUCGACUUCAUGUGCUUCCUGGUGCUGCUCUUCGUCUUCUCCAUCCUGAGGAAGGUCGCGUGGGAUUAUGGCCGCCUGGCGCUGGUCACCGACGCCGACAGCCGAAGACGAGACAGAGAUAACUAUGAGCCAGUGAAAAGCGUUGCCUCGGCGAUGCACUCAGAAACGCCGGAUCGCUACGAACGCCUCACCUCCGUCUCCAGCUCUGUGGACUUCGACCAGAGAGACAACGGAUUCUGCUCGUGGCUGACGGCGAUUUUCAGAAUAAAGGAUGAGGAGAUCAGGGAGAAGUGUGGUGAAGACGCCGUCCACUACUUGUCCUUCCAGCGCCACAUCAUCGGGCUGCUGGUCGUGGUCGGGGUUCUGUCUGUCGGCAUCGUUCUUCCAGUGAACUUCUCCGGAGACCUGCUGGAAAACAAUGCUUACAGCUUCGGACGCACUACGAUAGCCAACCUCAAGUCUGGGACAAACCUGCUGUGGCUCCACACUUCAUUUGCCUUCAUGUACCUGCUCCUGACCGUUUACAGCAUGAGGAGACACACAUCCAAGAUGCACUACAAGGAGGACGACCUGGUGAAACGCACUUUAUUCAUUAACGGCAUCUCUAAAUACGCUGAGGAGAGUCAGAUCAAGCAGCACUUUGAGCAGGCAUACGAGAACUGCACGGUGCUGGAGGCUCGCAUCUGCUACAACGUGGCCAAACUGAUGGCGCUGAAUGCCGAGAGGAAGAAGACGGAGCGCAGCAAGAAGUUCUUCACCGACCUGAUGGCGAAGGAACAUGUUCCCACCAUGAUCAACCCCAAACCCUGCGGACACUUGUGCUGCUGCGCCAUCACCGGCUGUGAAGAGGAGGAGGCGGUUAGCUACUACACCAAAAGGGAGGCCAAGCUGAAGGAGGAGUACCGCAAGGAGAAGGAGAAGGUCCACACCAAACCACUGGGCAUGGCCUUCGUCACCUUCCAGAACGAGGCCAUGACCGCGAUUAUUCUGAAGGACUUUAACGCCUGCCAGGUUCAGGGUUGUCGGUGUCGUCAGGAGCCACGUUCUUCUCAGUUCAGUGACGUUCUCCACGUCCACAACUGGAGCGUUUCCUACGCUCCCGACCCGCAGAACGUCCGCUGGGAGCACCUGUCGCUGGGUGGGAUCUCCUGGUGGAUCCGCUGCUUUGUGAUCAACUGCAUCCUCUUCAUCCUGCUCUUCUUCCUCACCACGCCGGCCAUCAUCAUCUCCACCAUGGACAAGUUUAACGUCACCAAGCCCGUGGAGUAUCUUAACAAUCCCAUCGUCACUCAGUUCUUCCCCACUCUGCUGCUCUGGGCUUUCUCUGCUCUGCUGCCCACCAUCGUCUACUAUUCUGCCUUCUUCGAGGCUCAUUGGACCAGGUCUGGAGAGAACAGGACGACGAUGCACAAGUGCUACACCUUCCUGAUCUUCAUGGUUCUGCUGCUGCCGUCUCUCGGACUCAGCAGUCUGGAUGUUUUCUUCCGUUGGCUGUUUGAUAAGAAGUUCCUAGCUGAUGCUAAAGUCAGGUUUGAGUGCGUCUUCUUGCCAGAUAAUGGAGCGUUCUUCGUCAACUACGUCAUCGCCUCGGCGUUCAUCGGAAAUGCCAUGGACCUGCUGAGGAUCCCCGGCCUGCUCAUGUACAUGAUCCGGCUGUGCCUGGCUCGGUCCGCCGCCGACCGCCGCAACGUCAAGAGGCAUCAGGCCUACGAGUUCCAGUUCGGAGCAGCGUACGCCUGGAUGAUGAAUGUCUUCACCGUGGUGAUGGCCUACAGCAUCACCUGCCCCAUCAUCGUCCCCUUCGGUCUGAUGUACAUGCUGCUGAAACACCUGGUGGACAGGUACAACAUGUACUACGCCUACCUGCCCUCCAAACUAGACAAGAAGAUCCACUCCGGUGCCGUCACCCAGGUGGUGGCGGCGCCCAUCCUCUGCCUCUUCUGGCUGCUUUUCUUCUCCACCGUACGCACAGGCUUCGAGACGCCGACCUCCAUGUUCACUCUGGUGGUGCUGAUCGUCACCAUUGUGGUCUGCCUGUCGCACGUCUGCUUCGGACACUUCAAGUACCUCAGCGCUCACAACUACAAGAUCGACACCAAGGAGAACGACAUGGAUGCCGUGGAGAACGGACGUCCGGCUCGUCCCUCGUCUUCCCCCACCACCAAGUCUCAGCAGCAGCAGCAGAUGUACAUCGCCCAGGUGCUCCAGGACCCAAACUCGGAUGAGCCGGGCGGCGGCAGCAGUGAGGAGGACCGAGGGUCGUCCCAGGAUGAGGAGAUGCUGAACGGAGGGAACAGCAUCAACGAGGCGGAUUUCCAGUCAGGGGAGGACAGUCUGAUCGCCAACGAGGUCCACCAGUAGCUGGGGCAGAGCUAGAGGGAGGGGCGGAGCUAGUUGAGGGCCAUACCCACACAACAGUUGAGCGAACUGGAGAAUCACUACACAUACAAACACUCACUCACUGCCGUUAUUAGCUCCACCCCCUUUCAGCUUGAAGACUUGACCCUGACCUUCGACGCCGGCACCGGGUCGCCAACACCCAGUCCUGCACUCCUGUGGAAACCAGAGGGACUUUAAACUGUCUCCACAGGACGUCACUGUAAAUAACCACAAAGCCAAAAGUUUUUUUUGUUGUUUUUUGUCGGGUGGGUGCGGGGUUCAAAAACUUGUGCCUGGGCUAGAUUUCAUUGGUUCGCACUCGUGUCUUGACUGCUGAUCCCCGUGCGGGUUGCCAGGACUGGACCCGUCGAGGGGUCCCAGCCGACGCUGACGCUGUGGUUUCUCUGGGCCUGGAGACACGUCCAAACGAACCCGCGGUGUUACAGCCAUUCUCCAGUAUCGGAGCGCUAAAUGACUCGCCAACCGCCGGUUCUUGUAGUGGUAGAAGCCUCGCUUACGCAGACGCACCGCAGCCCCUCUUCCCUCCUUCAUUCUGUGGACCUUGCUGGUUCGUUCAACACGUCUCAUGGAGGUUUUGUUUUUCUGACCUGCCAAGCUUUCGCUGCAUGUUGUUAAAAGUGCUGUCUGGAUGUCGCCACCUUCGGAUGAUGUCAUUCAUCGCUGGCCAAUGAACUCCCCACAGUUCCAUCUUGAUUUUGGCAGCAUAUCGUCCCGCCUGCCGGAGGAGCGUAUUCAGCUUUGCCGCUUCCACUGGACGAUCCUCGAAGCACCUGGACUCAGCGUGAGGAUGCUUUCUUUUCUGGUUUUGAUUUCACCUGAACUACCUUAAAUCGUGAAUACCUGACAAAGGGAACGGGGAUGUUUGUGUCUGUGUAGGUUUAGCAAUCAAAACUCUUUCCAUCCGUGGGAACUUUGUGAAGUCACUCUGACUCUUCCAGUAGCAGCAGUAGUUUGGUAGACACAGAAGAGCAGCGCUUUUCGGCCGGACGUUCUACCCUCGACGCCUGAAGGUGUCAGGACUCUCAAGGGAAAUGUUUUCUGUCCUGUGUGUUUUGAAGUGUGCAAUGUCAGCCCGUCUGUAUGUUUAGUAGCUUUUUGUACACCAGCCUGCAUCAUGAAGGGUUCCACAGCAUCACCAGGUAACCGAAAACACCUGGCUCACAGGUUCCUCAAGCCGAUCAUCCGUCUACUGUAGAAUUAACGCUACAAGAUGUUUCCUUCACACACAAUCAUGUUUUCACAUCAACAGAGUCUGUUUUUACUGCAUUACAGCUGCAGCAGUUUCAUUCUACCAGUUCCUCCUCUGCCACAGUGCUGGUUUAGCAUAGCUUAGCACAGAGUUAGCUUCAAUCUGUCACACUGAUGUUUUCACUGCCGGAAUCUUUGUCCAUGAAAGAUGACGUUUCCAGAAACAAGCCCGUCUAAUUGAUCCUUUCAACCUUUCUGUUUCCGCUGCGGUGUAGAAUCCAACAUCUCUGACCGCCAAGUUAACUCUAAACGCAAAAAAAUGAGACAAAUAGCAGUUACUGGACAUAACUACGGUUGUACAUCAGAAAUAGAACUUUGGAGGUUUGUUAUGUUAGCAUGUAUGGAGAACGUCUGCAGAGGCAGAGAUUCCUGUUGUCUCACAAAGGCUUGGACAUUUUAAAACGACCUGCAAGUUCCUGCAGUGAAAAGCGGUCUAUUGUGACCACUAAGCUAAUGGCUAAUAUACUGUUGCACCUACAGACCUCAAAUUGUUAGUAUCUUUUAGUGGUCACAAUGCUUUGACUUAUCAGUGUACAUGUUAUCUUCUUCGCUAACGAGGUAAAACUGCUAAGCAAGCUCCUUCAAAAGAGAUAAAAAAUAUUUGUUGUUCGCUUUUAUAUCUAAAGUUAGCAAGCUUCUUAGUCCUGUUAGCAUAGAUUUAGCCUAAUGCGUUGGUAUCUAUUUUCACAGAGUUCAAGUUUAUGCUAACUUUUGCACCACUGACCAGUUUCAAAUCAGAACUGAGUUGCUAAGUGGCAAUUUUUGAGUUUAGUAGCUUGUCCACUAUGUAGCUUUAGUUUUUGAUUUUACUAGCUUCAAAAGAAAUUAGCAUUAGUUUUUGAUUUUGUCAGCAGCAGGUAACCAGCUCAGAGUUUACUAGCUUGUUAGCAAAUUAAUUUUAGUUUUUUUUAGUUUAUGAACUUGUAUUUAAAAACUACCUUUGGUUUCUGAGGUUAUUAGCUUGCUAACAAACUAGCUUUAGUUCCUGGUUUUGUCAGUAGUUUCCAAACUAGCUCCCGUUAAUGUGCUUAUUUGCUUCUUAAUUAACUAGUUUGAUUUAAAGAUUUUCUUUUAGCUUAUUAGCAAACUACUUUAGUUGUAAAGAUCAUUAGCUUAAAACUAGCUUCAGCUAUUUUUUGUCAGCAGCUUGAAAACUAGGUCCUAACAAUGAUUAAUGAUAAUGAUGAUGAUUCUUGAGUUGUUAGCCUGCUAACAUACUAGCUUUGGUUUCUGAAGUGUUAGCAUUAUAUAAAUAGUAAUAGUUGUACUUGGCGAGCUUUGUUCUUCAGUUAUUUAGUCUUAAAAUAGCCCUAGAUCCUCAGUUCAUUAGCCUGUUAAAGAGAGGGACCUCUGCUUCUUGAUUUUGUUAGCAAGCUAACAAACUAGCUCUAGUGCUUGAGCCUCUUAGUUUGUAAAAAAAUUAGCAUUAGUUAACCGAAUAACUUGCUAAGUGACAGUCAGCUUGCUAGACUGAAGAGCUUUGUCCCUCUUAAGUAACUCACCACAGAGUGAAACAGCGAACAACACCAGGAACAAAUGACUAGCGUGUUAGCAGUUAGCUUGCAGGCUAAGAGUAGCUCACCAGCUAGGCUACAGCAGCGAGUUUCCACAAUGGUGUGAAUCGUCUGAAGAAAUGUUUGAAGGUGAUUUUUUUCUCUCUUGAUGGAGCUAAGCUAACCUAGCAGUUUUGCCCAUUGCUUCCAGAGUUUGUGCUAUGGUAGGCUAACCAGGUCCUGGACACCAGGUGAAAGAAAACCAAUAAAUCAGAAGUUUUCUCUGACCACGGGUUUAAUUUAAACUAGUCUGACUCAUCAGAUGUAGAUCUAAGCUGCCAUUGGUCGGCUUUCUCCUUUCCUGCUGAUAUUUAUAAGUUUACCGUUUUUAAAAUCCUCUUCAGGAAACAAUAACGUUCACACGGAACAUCUCAAAUUUACUGAGAAUUUGGAACAUCAGUAAAGCAGACGUGUAAAUGUUCCAUCUAAAGAGCCCCACCAUCACGUUGAUUGUGAUUUAAAGGCACACAAACACGGCAGAGAUUUUUAUUUCCUCCUAAAGUAGAACCAUUAUGAGCUGGAUAGAAUGGUCUGACCACUCCAGAGUGGGUAGAAUGGUCUGGCCACUCCAGACUGGGUAGAACGGUCUGACCACUCCAGACUGUUUAAACAGCUGGAUAGAAUGGUCUGACUACUCCAGACUGCGUCGAAUGGGCUGACCACACCAGACUGAGUAGAAUGGUCUGACUACUCCAGACUGGGUAGAAUGGUGUGACCACUCCAAACUGUUUAAACAGCUGCAGCUUUAAUGCAGAUUAUUUUCCGGAUAGAGGUUUAGGCAUCGCUUUCCCACUAUCCUCGUGGUGUCUGCUGUCAGCUGGGUCUGGAUCUGGUGUUGAACGUGUCCUCGUCAUGGUUCCUCCUGCUGGUCUAACUGAGGUUAAGAACAUUGAAGCUAAUCUGGUGACACCAGGUGUGACUCAGCGCUGCCCCCUGGUGGACAGUUCAUCCUGACACGAUUGGGUAGAAACGAUGAUGCUUGCAGAAACUUUAAGAUGAGGCUUCAGUGUUGCCAUGACAACAGGAACAAAGGAACUUACCUGGCUGGCAGUGACAUCAUCAAGAAGCGACAGGUUGGGGUGUGGGGAGGCGAUGGGGGGGUUCAGUGCAGCGAUGAUGAAAUAGUCUCAGGUGUGUUUUUUCCUAAAAUAAUGUUUACAUCAGUUUUUGUUGCUCUUUGUGAUUUUGUUCUGCUGUGUGUGUGUGUCUGUGCGCGUGUGUAUGUGUGUGUGUGUGUGUCGGACACGGAGCUGGACUAUGAAAGCUGUAGCCUCCAGGCAGGACGCCGGGCGGCGCCGGUUUGGCAGCUACACGCCGGAGAACCUGCAGCGUUUGUGUCUUGUGUUGUGUCCCGGUCACCUCCAGGGGGCGCUGCUGCGGUGCUCCGCCCUUGAUUGUAUGCACAUGAAGGAAGAAUUUGGAUCUGAACCUGGAUCUGGAUCUGAGGCUCCAGGUUCGGCUCACAGCUCUCAGCGAUUCCUGAAACAUUUAGCUGUCGUGAACAGAAAAAGACGAAACAUUAAUGAAACCAAAGUAAGAAGUUGGUGAGUUUCAGCUCUUUGUUGGGCUGCUGGUUCUGGUUCUGGUUCAUGUUCAUGUCAUCAUAUGAGCCAGACUCAAACUCAGUUCAUAGUUAGCCCCGACCCAAACAGACCAGAACACCAGUCCAGUGAACAGCUGAAAGGACCAGUCCACCACGCUGGGCGGGAUGUGAUCCAAUGGUUCUGUGGGGGUUCUGGGAGUCCGUGUGGGGGUUCUGUUUGAUAUUCCAGGAACGUUGGCUCAACGCUGUGAUGAAGGCUCUGAUGAAUCAGCCGCUGCUCUUUGCUUUCUUAGUUUUUUAAAUUGUUGAAAUGUGAAAAGAAGAAUGUGAAGCGAAUCGUCGGCAGAAAACAACUGAAAUGAAAACCGUGUACAAAGUGAAAUGUGUGUAAAUAGCCAUCGAAGCGCAUGUCGUCCUCAGAGACGCAGCGACUCGUCACUCCACGCUUUUAAUUUAUUGCUGUGACACUAUUUAUUUUUACUUUGGUUCCGUAUGUACAGUGAAACAUUCGUCCUAUUUGUUACUUGAUCAAUAAAAUUGGCUUUCAUCUG